AAAUGACAAGUUCGCCUGCAACUAUUUUACAAGCGUCACACAAAAAUUUCCAUGGCAUGAGCUUUGCUUUUGAAUAUUCCAAUCACUAACCUCUAGCUAAUAAUUGCCAUUUUUAAAAAACAAAAGGAAGGUGGUAGGCGUCUCGUCCUAAUUCGAUUUUCUUGUACUCUCAGUAACGGCUCUAUGAGGUGAGAAAGCUAGAAAAGUCGUCCAACGGGCAAACCAUAGCUUAGUCAAUCUCCACAUUUCAACGUUGGAUUGAUUCUGGCCAUUGUAAUGGUCUCCACGUCCACUCCCGCGUGAAAGUUGUCCUUCAACACGCCAUAUAAAAUCCCCUUCCUCACGAACCAGUCACGCGUUUCCUCUUUCUCAGCCAACGCACACGCACGCUCCAACUACCAACUGUCUCAAGAUGACCGUUUUGUCCUCCAACGACCGAAAAUACCGCCGGAGUCCCAGGAUCCCUCUCCUGCCUCAAAAGCACUACGACUACGAGCCUUUCGAGGUUGGCUUCUCCGGCGCUUCCUUCUCCGGCGCCGUUUUCAACCUAUCCACCACCAUCGUUGGUGCCGGCAUCAUGGCCCUUCCGUCCACUGUGAAGCAAUUGGGGCUAAUUCCAGGUAUUAUAAUGAUUGUAUUGGGAGCCAUGUUAACAGAGUCCUCCAUCGACAUGAUCCUAAGAUUCGGUAAAGCUUCCAAGUCCGCCACGUACUCCGGCGUCGUCGCCGACACGUUUGGUGGGCUCGGCCGGACCCUCACCCAAGUGUGCAUCGUCAUUAACAACCUCGGCAUGCUCAUCGUCUACAUGAUCAUAAUCGGUGAUGUGUUAGCCGGGACGUCGUCAGAUGGGGUCCGCCAUUCGGGUGUUAUGGAAAAAUGGCUGGGUCAGCAUUGCUUUACUUCACGUUCUGUCUUGCUGCUGCUAACCACGCUUCUUGUGUUCGCUCCUCUCAUUUCAUUCAAACGCGUUGAUUCAUUGAGAUACACAUCAGCAUUAUCGGUGGGGCUUGCUAUUGUAUUUGUGGCAAUCACUGCUGGAGUGGCAAUUGUUAAAUUAAUAGAAGGAAGUAUCAGAAUGCCACGUUUGGUGCCCGAACUCAAUGAUCAAGCAUCUUUCUGGAAGCUUUUUACAGUUAUACCUGUUUUAGUCACUGCUUACAUAUGCCACCACAACAUUCACCCUAUAGAGAAUGAACUGAAAGACCCCACCCAGAUGAAGUCAAUAGUGCGGACAUCCCUCACAUUAUGCUCAUCUGUCUAUAUUGCUACCAGCUUGUUUGGAGUUCUUCUUUUUGGUGACCAAACACUGGAUGAUGUACUUGCCAAUUUUGAUGGUGACCUUGGAAUUCCGUAUAGUUCACUGCUUGAUGAUGUGGUUAGAGUGAGCUAUGGCAUCCACUUGAUGCUUGUCUUCCCAAUUGUGUUUUUCUCCCUUCGCCUUAACCUGGAUGGUCUUCUCUUUCCAUAUGCCAUUCCCAUUGCAUAUGACAACAGGAGAUUCUUCUCAAUAACUGCAGCUUUAAUGGGAUUUAUCUUUGUGGGAGCCAAUUUUGUGCCUAACAUCUGGGAUGCUUUCCAGUUUACUGGAGCGACAGCUGCUAUCGCUGUUGGUUUCAUCUUUCCAGCGGCCAUUGCACUAAGGGACACCCACGGAAUUGCAACAAAAAAUGACAGAAUAAAAUCAUGGGUGAUGAUACUAUUGGCUGUCUCAUGUAGCACAGCGGCAAUAUGUAGUGAUAUAUACAGCAUUUUCAACUUUGAAAGUGAAAUUGGAAGCUGACCUGAGAGGGAGAACGAUAACUUGUCUUCCUAACAGAGCAAAUACAACCAAUAUAGGACGUCUAACUAUGAAAAGAGUUCCAGUUCAUCAUUUGAAUGUUGGGGCUUAUCAUUCUUAUACAUUGAAGCAGUCAAGUUUCAUCGUAGUGAUGUACUUGUCAGGAAAUGAACAAAACUCUUCAAUCUCUUUGCCUGCAUGUGGCUAAUUUAUGCUACCAGACUUACUUGGGAUCCAUUGAGAAAUUGCUCCAUCAAGCUGGACAUAGGCAAUUUGACAGUUGUAAACUUUAAAUGAAUUUCUGUUCCUCCACAGUUAAGCCUGUAAAGACCGCUUGGAUCAGCUACAUGUGGAUUAAAUUUGACAGUUGUUGGGCAAUUUAUGUUGGGAUAGCCAAGUCAAAUUUCAAUGAAAUAAAAAUUUCUCAACGUGAAGCUUA